UGGAGCAUCUCUGGCCUCGCCGCUGUCACCAGUGGCUGAGCUGAGGGUCCCGGGGCCCAAGGCGUGGUGCUGCUGCUGCCCACUGGUCCCCUUGGCCAGCCCUGGAGCCCCAGGUAGUCCCAUGGCUCCUGGGACAGGGGGCAGAUGGCAGAGGACCGGGGGGAGGGGAGAGGGGUGCAGCCUGCCACAGGCAUGUUUGCUGCUAGCUCAGGGCUGCACUCAUGCUCCCUUUUCUCUUCCCUUCCCAGGUGCUGCCCAUGGGCACUGGAGCUAUGCAGACAAGCCGGCGUGGAGCCAGGGCUUCCCGGACUGUAGUGGCCAGAAACAGUCGCCCAUCAACAUCAUCACUGAGGCAACACUCUUCAGCCCCCACCUGCAGCCCAUCCACCUGUCUGGCUACAACCUGCCCCCCUCGGAGCAGCUGACACUGAAGAACAAUGGACACACAGUCGUGCUGCAACUGCCCGCAACCCUGACCAUGUCUGGCAGCAACGGCCAGCAGUACCAGGCUGUGCAGCUGCACCUGCAUUGGGGUUCCCCUGCCGGACCCGGCUCUGAGCACACUGUGGACGGCCGGCGCUACCAUGCCGAGAUCCACGUGGUGCAUUACAACACCCGGUACGACAGCAUCAAGAAAGCCAUGACCCAGCCUGACGGCCUGGCCGUGCUUGCCGCACUUCUGCAGGUUGGGCCGGAGAAAAACCCAUCCUAUGAGCAUGUGCUUGAGCACCUGGAAGAGGUCUCUGAGGAAGAUGACGACACACUUGUGGCUGGGUUCAACAUUGCUGGGCUGCUCCCUGCCAACCUCAGCCGCUACUUCCGGUACAACGGCUCCCUGACCACCCCGCCCUGCUACCAGACUGUGAUGUGGACCGUCUUCAACCAGACCGUGCGCCUGUCUCUGGACCAGAUCUUGAAGCUGGAGGAGACGCUGUAUGGAGACCACAACAAGCUCCUGCAGAACAACUUCCGGCUACCCCAGGCCAUGCACGGCCGGAGGGUGCUGGCAAGCUUCUUGGUGGCCCGUGGCCCAGGGGUGCCUUCUGUGCCAGAGAAAAAGGACAUAAACGUAUCGGGUUUCGUAUCGAUAGAUGACAACCAGAGUGCCUGGCCUGGCCUGAGGGAGUUGUUUCCCUGGUGCCUUCCAGGGAAGUACUGCCGGAGGAGCAGGUCACUGCAUCAAUGGGGCCAGGUCCCAGCAGUGGGCCAAGACCCGAAGUUCUUUGUGCUGUGCCCACGGCCCCGGCACCCGCGCCUGACACGGCCGGUGCACGAUGCUGAUAGUGCUCCAGCGCCAGUGGUGAUACCACCUGGACAAAUAUUUGCCUGCAGAGCCAGGGGCUGCACCUGCUCCCAGCGUGUAGAGGCUGGGCUUGGGUGACUGACCCCUAUCGUGGAAGCAGACAGCUUGAACGUGGCUGGAGCCUGGCACAGGCAGGGCAGGAUGGAGGUGUCGGCCCCAGAGAUGGAGCUGGGCCUGUGAAUCAUGGGCUAGGGCAGGGUGGUGCCAGGAGCAGCAGGAAGUUCAGGGUUAACUGCAACCUGCUGGGAGCUGCAGGGACUGGUGCCCGGGCUGGGAGGGGAGCGCAGCUGGGGUGCUGCUGGCAGCAUGAUGGGUAGCAGUACUGCCCCCCCACCCCCAGCUGCGGGGAGCACAGUGCCCUUGUCACGGCCAUGUCGUAUGCGACCCAGGGCUCCCUUACAACGAGGCCAGGGCCUGGGGUGACCGUGGCAUGGGUUACAGGUCGCCCAUGCUCAGACGAGCUGGGGAGUGCACAUGGGGCUGCAUGGGACCACCAGCUCAGCAGGGGCCAUGGCCCAGCCUCUGGGCUCCUGCUGUCUUCCUGCCCCACAGCUGCCCUAGCGCUCACUGCAGCUCAGGCACUCUGCCCCAGCAGAGCUGGAGUUGGCCGCGUGCUUUUGUUUUUGUGAGAUCUGGGACCUGCUCCAACCGGUUUCCCGAGUCCCACGUGCGUCAGGCAGUUCUUGGGAGGACGCAGCUCCUGUGGCUGUCUAUAUCCCAGGGCUGGCACUGUCCUGCCAGCACUUGCCUGCCCCUGUACCACCUAUGCUGGGUGCCAGCAAGGGGCGGCUGCAGGAGGCUCCCAGCACUGCACUUGCUGCAGAAGCUGGGGGAAGUGCAGCCCUUGCAGCUGCACCAGGGCUGCUGCGGGCCCAGAGCUCUUCCUCUGGGCUGCACCUGCAGGCCGCGCACCUGUGUGUACGUGCUGUGGCCUCGUGCCAGCACAUGCUCACCUUGCUCCGUCCUCCCAGCAGCACAUGGGGCACAGCCUAGAGGGGGAGCUGGGGCACAGGAGAGGGGAGGGAGGCGGUAGACCGGAGGCAGGUGUGGAAACCCCUGGCCAUGGGGCGAUGGGCCCAGCCAAGCACAGGAUGCUCAGGGGCGCAGGGGGCUCUAGGGAAGCUCCCGGGGGGUGGGGUGGUAUUGGACAUCUGGGAGCCGCCGGUGGGUGCCUGAGCCUUGCACU